UCCCCUGUAAACCUUUUAGUUUCAAACGAAAUCAUUAGAAAAUUGCACAGACACGAUCAUUUGUGAUGUCCUUAAAUAUUCUGUAAGUGUACAGUCUACUCAAAUAUUGAUGACUAGAAGAAAGAAAUGUUAAAAAACAAAAAAUAAAACACUUGAAAAAUCCCCUGUAAACCUUUUAGUUUCAAAUGAAAUCAUUAGAAAAUUGCACAGACAAGAUCAUUUGUAAUGUCCUUAAAUAUUCUGUAAGUGUAAGUAUUAGACGUAAGCCUCUCAAUUGUAAGGGGAUACCUCAUCACUGUAUAUUUAACAUUAUUUGUAUUGUAUAAUAAGUUUGCUGUCUCUUAGGGUUUUACUGGUUAAUUUAUCAAAAUCUGAACUUUUUGCUGAAAAAUGGUAAAUGAUGAUAAAAUUCUUAUUGUAUUGAAAUGGAAGUUCCAGACAGCCGGGAAAUGAGUCCUGUCAUUGUUUUGGAAGAUGUUGUGUUAAAUAGUUCUUUACUAAGAGAGGCCUCUGUCCUGAUGGAAAACAUGGAUUUUUAUGUUGAUCCAACAGAAAAAGAGCCAACUGAAGCAUCUAAAAACCAAGAGGAACAACCAGAAAAUACACAAAAACAAUCGGAGGAACAACCAACCCAACCAGAGGAAACAUCAGAACAUUUUAAGGUUCAACCAGAGGUACAACCACAGAAACAACCAGAGGUACAACCAGAACAUCUAGAUGUACAACCAGAGGUACACCCAGAGGUCCAACCAGAAAAACUGGAGGUACAACCAGAGGUACAACCAGAGGUACAACCAGAGAAACAGCCUGAGGUACAACCAGAGGUACAACCAGGACAACUGGAGGUACAACUAGAACAACUGGAGGAACAACCAGAGGUACAACCAGAGAAACAACCUGAGGUACAACCAGAGGUACAACCAGAGGAAAUUUUAAGUAAAGGUGAUUUUGUUCUAGUGGAACUUCAAGUUGAAAAGACUUCAAGAACAAAGCAGUUCAUUGGAAAGGUCAUAAGUAUAGCAGAAGAAGAUGUGGAUGUUUCUUUUAUGAAAAAGAAUCAAAAUGAAAUGUUUAUAUGGCCAGAAAUGCCAGAUCAAAGUAUUAUUGAAAGAAAAAGCAUUAUAAAGAAAUUGCAACAUCCGAAACAAGUUAAGAAGAGGCGUUCAAUUGAGAUGUUUUUUCAAGAUACAUGUAUGUGAAAUGUCAUGUCAGAAUGUAUAUAAUAGUCCAGUUCAGUGGCUAUUUACCAGACACCUGAUAUUAAUCUUUACUAUGACAUUAACUGGCUUAUUGUUACUUAAAUUUUAUAUAUCAUGUAUACACUUUCCCCCAUGUUUGCCAUCACUUGGCGUCCGUCAUCGUCGUGCGUCCGGUGUUAACCAUUUUAAAGAUCUUCUCCUCUGAAACUAUUGAACCAAUUCUAAUCAAACUUAAGCUGAAUGAUUGUUUUGUGUUUUAUUUUCGGUUUCUUAAAAAAACAUGGCUGCAUUGACUAAAAAUAAAACAUAGGGGUCUAGUAUAAAGCUUGUGUUUUAUUUUCUUUUAUGUCAAGAAAAAUAGCCACUAUGGCUCAAUAAGAACUUAUGGGUAAAAUGCAUUUUUUUGUUUGCCUUUGAAGACAAUAAAUUACAGAUACAAAGAAUAGCUUAUUAUUUAUUUUUAAGCACACAUUUAUAUAUACAUUAAAAAGCUAAAAAAUCAUUGAUAACAGAUUUAAGUAAAGAAUUACAGGUGAGCAAUUCAGGCUCUUGAGAGCCUCUGUUUUUUUAAAGAUAUCUAUGUGGAUGUUUUAUUAGCAAUAUGAAUAGCUAUAUAGUGUAACAUAAUUGUAUAUAUGUUUUUGCCUAGUCGUUAUUUUUGAACAUUAUUACGAACAUUUUAUACUUUGUUUUACAAUAUUCUUGUAACAUGUUAAGUCAGUUUUAAAGCUUGAUGCUUCGUAACAAAAUUUGUUUACAUUUUUUAUUUCAGCUUAUUGGUAUUAUCCAGAAUAAUCCUUUACCCAUAUGAAUAUGUCGUGAAUGAACCGUCCAAUACUUUUUAUGAUCUAUUUGAGCAUGCACAUCCCAUUUUAAUGUGUAUUGCUGAUGAAAAAAGGUUGAAAUAUACCAUAUACAUGUAGGGCCUUUUUUUUAAAUAUUGUUACUGUUGUAUUUAGGUAUAUGAUACUUUUUUUAUCAUGUUCAUUGUUACUGAAUUUAUCAAUGUUCACUGUUUUGAAAGCAAUCGUUUUAUAAGCACUUUAUUGUUUUGAUAAGUUUUAUAUAUGUUUGUAAGUCCCAUAUGGUGCUUUUAUUUUUCUCCAUUGAGCUUUCUUGGCUCUAUUAGCCAAGUGAGCUAUUGUUGUCACUAUUUUGUGAUUUUUUUCACAAAAAAUCUCAGGGAUGUUAUCAAAAUUCUAGUGGAAUAAUCUCUUUAAAAAGGAAUAUGACAGCUCAAAGAGGAUUUGAACUAAUUUAUCUGAUUGUUAAGCCUUAUUUUCAUUGUUACUUUCCCCUAAAAAAGGGGGGUGGCUGUAUCUUGGAAACCUCUUCUCUAAAUUGCUUUUAAGUUUACACAGCUUCUACUUCAAUUCUUUGCUCCUAAAAGAAAACUUAAUAAUGCAUUGUUUUUGCACGGUCACUUGAGAAUAUCUCAUACAUUGCAUUUCAAAGUUGAUUGAUGUGGUGGUGUAAAUUUCUACAUUUUCUGAAAUAGAUCGGUGUUUCAUGCGCUCAUUGCGUAGCAGUUUGUUUUUUUUUUUUUUUUUUUUUUAUCAGAGAACGAACUUUACCUGAAUCCAAAAUUUUGUGAUUGAUUUAAAAAAAAUAUUUUGAUAUUAGUUGGAAAUUUAAUAUUAAAAACUGGAAGAAUUAUUUAACUCUUAGAUAAUUAAUCCUAAUAUUAUUUGAAUGCCAUGAUUCAAUUUUCUUCAAUUUUUAUUUAUGGAUGGCAAUCUCAGAAAUAUGAAAUUUUGUUAUUCACAUUGUACAUGUAUGUAAAUAGUAUUCAUGGUAGAUAGAGGUUGUAUUUUAUUUCUACAAUGUUUUUAUUUUCUGUACUUGUGUAUUUCCUAUUUUAUCUUUGUGUUAAGCAAGUAUUUUUACCAUACUUAGUUUUUUAUGAGGUAUUGUUUGCCCACAAUGUUUCACCAGAAAUGACACAAAUGUUGAAAUCAUUGACGCAUUCCCCAUACUCUAUUCUCAAUUUUAUUUUAGAUGUAAACAACAGAACUAACAGCGUUAUUUGUUUUAUAUGACUUGAUUUGACUGACCGAAAUUUUGUAACUGAAUAGCAUUAUUACAGCCAUUGUUUCUUUGUACAAAUAACCUACAUGUAUUAUUUCAACAUAACUCGUGAAAGGAGAUAACCUCAUUAGAAUUCACACAAUAACAGUAUACCUGUUAUUUUCUUGUGUUAAAUUAUUCAAUUGACUGAAGAUAAUGGAUCUCUAUGUACCCGUCCAUGUAUCUGUUUUACAUGUAGAACAACCUUUAGUUGAAAAUUUAAUUUAGCUACUGAUAGCUUUUUCUAGUCAUGAAAGUGGUUUAACAAAUGAUUAAAAACUUCUUUUGUUAUUUGAACAUUUGAUAAGAUGCAUGUAUAUGUAUAUGGUCUGUGUCCACACUUGUUUCUAUAUAUUUCAUGAAUGAUUUUUGUUCAAAAACACAUAUUCUUUUAGCUGUCAGUUGUUUAGUUUUAUGUUGAUUAAUAAAACAUAUUUUUACACUGUA